UUCUAUCCAUUCUUCGAUCUCUCCAUCUUCUCUGUCGUAUCUCUGUCGAUUCUUCUAUCUCUCAAUCUUUUAUGUUGAUUCUGAUGUCGAUCUCCUUCGUUGAGACUAUGAUGAAGAUCAGAAAAGAGAAGCGACUUCUUCAAAGGAAUCAGCUUCAAGUGAAAGAAGGGAUCGAGGCAAGGAUGAAACUCAUACAAGAGGCGAGAUCAGACUAUAAGAGCAGUAGUAGUCUCGACGACCUUCACCUCUCGAGUUGUCAAUCCCCCUCCUCGGCGGCUGAUAAGAGAGAAGGAGAGAUACUCAGCAAAGCUAACGUUAAGACCUUCACCUUCAACGAACUCAAACUCGCAACCAGAAACUUCAGACCAGACUCUGUUGUCGGAGAAGGCGGUUUUGGUUCUGUCUAUAGAGGUUGGAUCGAUCAGACAACUUUUGCCCCAACUAAAUCGAGCUCCGGUCUUUUAGUUGCAGUCAAGAGUCUUAACCCUGAUGGCUUUCAAGGUCACCGAGAAUGGCUGACAGAGAUCAACUACUUGGGUCAGUUAAGUCACCCGAACUUAGUUAAACUGAUUGGUUAUUGCUUGGAAGAUGAACAUAGGCUUCUUGUGUAUGAGUUUAUGCACAAGGGUAGUCUUGAGGAUCAUCUCUUCACAACAGAUGAUGUGAAGUGUAAGCCACUCUCUUGGUUAUUACGGGUUAAGGUUGCGCUUGAUGCAGCUAAAGGGCUUGCGUUUCUUCAUAGUGGCCCUGUUAAAGUUAUUUACCGAGACAUCAAGGCCUCGAAUAUCUUGCUCGACUCGGACUUCAAUGGAAAGCUUUCUGACUUUGGGUUAGCGAGAGACGGUCCAAUGGGAGAAAAAAGCUAUGUUAGUACAAGGGUCAUGGGUACAUUUGGCUAUGCCGCUCCUGAGUAUGUGUCAACAGGUCACUUGAAUGCCAAAAGCGACGUAUACAGUUUUGGGGUUGUGCUUCUAGAAAUACUAUCUGGAAGGCAAGCGUUGGACCAUAGCCUCCCGACCAAGGAGCAAAACCUUGUGGACUGGGCUAGACCGUACCUCACAAGCAAGCGUAAAGUUCUACUAAUGGUGGACACUCGUAUUAACUCACAGUACAAACCCGACGAAGCUGUGAGAAUGGCAAGCAUUGCUGUGCAGUGCAUCUCGUCUGAACCAAAGUCACGACCAACCAUGGACCAAGUGGUCCGAGCCUUGAUACAACUACAGGCAAGCAUGGUUUAACCGGCCAAAGUUGACACAAGUAAAGAUACCAAAAGACUUGUGGGAUUGUAGUAGGUAGAUAAAGAUGGGGUUACUUACUGUGGUUAGGUCUCAUGUCUCCUCGUGUGGUGUAAUAUUCCAUUUGCUUCCACGAAACAAAACACUUCAGGCUCUACGACAUGUUUUGAAAGAUGCUCACAGUAUUUUUUUUCUUUCAACGCUCCUUUGUAUCCAACAUCUGCUUAUAGAUUCUUUCUAGGAAAUAUUUUGAGUAC